ACAUAGCAAAAGGCAGUAACAAAACACAAUACACAAAAACCAACGACGCAAGAUCUAAACUUUGAGGACCAAAAAGUUUUUCUAAACCAGUCGAGUUUUUGCUUCGUUAUGAUUAACACACAUCUCGCACGCGUUUUUUUCGUAAAUUCGGUGAAUUAAAAAAGAGUGACACACCACACCGUUCAAGAGAUAUAUAUAUAUGUACGGCACGUAUAUGCGCUCGGUGAUAUAUAUAUAACAGAAAGCGAAGAGAAAAAAAAACUUCUAAAAAUAUAAAUUUUUUUCGGUAAAAAUUUUCGGUAUUAAUACCUGUGGUUGGCGAAAAAAAUUAUUAUUUUUUUUACGUAAACUUUAGAGAUUUUUUUUUAAAAGUUUGUUUGUUUUGAUCGUUGAAUUCUUGCGUCGAAUUCGUGAUAAAAAUUCGUUUGGAUUUUUUUCGGUGCAGGAAAACUUAAAACAUUGAAAAAAAAGAAAGAAAUCCAAUACCAAAAGUAUUGAUUAUGUAAAAAAGUUUCAGCGGAAAAAAGAAGAGAACUUCUCUAUACUGUAUGUACAUAAGUCUUAUGUAUGUAUAUGUCGUUUGUGACUCUUUUUUUUCUUUCAAUAUUUGCGCCUAAUAUUGAAAAUUCAAAAUAGCCGAAAAAAAACAACCAGAGAAAAAGAGGAAAACCGUUCGUCGCGAGUGCCUUUUGUAAUGAUGCAAUUACAUUGGAAUUAAUUAAACUCAAACAUAAAAUUUAAUGUGCCUUGUACAACAUAAAAUAGUAUGCAAUUUGCAACACUUAGCUAAACAACCACACAAGAAAAGAAAAACGUAAUUUUUAAGCAGAUAAAACAAAACUAUGCUAACGCUAAAAGUGUGUUGUUGUGCAAACAAUCAACUCACAUGUGAGUGAAAGUGGUGUUAUCAAUUGAGUUAAUUGACUUUGGAAAUAAUACAAACACCACGUGCUUCGUACACCAGAACAAUCAUCAUCACGAGAGUGCACACACAAUAAUUACAAACUCAAAUUGGCAGUUGUGAUUUGAAAUUAUUAUUUUUUUCUUUUUUUUUUUGAUUUCGGGUGUGUGUAGCAAAUAAAUUUCGAUCUCAAAUCGGUGUGUUCUGAACACUCCCCAACAAAAUCCAUCAAAAUUCUCGAACAAAGGCAAUACACGGGCACACUGGAGGGCCGUACAAUCGAAUACCGGCCCGGUGGCGGGCUGGACUAUCACAAUUCACCGCUGAUGGCCGAAAUACCGGCGGGCGAAUACAGCCACAUUCAUCGAUCGAUCGAACAGUUGCGAUCGAUGAACGAACGUGGCGUUCUGGGACAGCUCGGCUCACUAUCGGCCACCGAUAUACGAGCAUCGCUAGUACAUGACUAUAAGCAAUUUAAUAUUAGUGACUUAAGGAAUAACGAACGGUUAGAGUAUGCGCCGAAGAAUGGCGGUAUUGAUAUGAGAGGCGGCGAUGGUAACGGUAACAAUAACAAUAAUAAUCAAUCGGACGAUUUACGGCAUCAGGAACAGCAACAGGAUCAGAAGCCAUAUAGUUCGCCGUCAACACCACCAACACCCCUGUCGAUAGCUGAUGGACAAAUGAAUGAGUCGAAGCUAUUCAAUUCAUCCAAGUCUGACCUGCAACUACAUUCUCAAGUGCAUAUGCGCGAGGCGAAGCCAUACAAAUGCACCCAAUGCACAAAAGCAUUUGCCAACUCAAGCUACCUUUCCCAACACACCCGGAUCCAUUUAGGAAUCAAACCAUAUCGCUGUGAAAUUUGCCAACGUAAAUUUACCCAACUGUCACACCUACAGCAGCACAUACGAACGCAUACCGGCGAUAAGCCGUACAAAUGUCGACAUCCCGGAUGCCAGAAGGCAUUCUCUCAAUUAUCCAAUUUGCAGUCACAUUCACGAUGCCAUCAAACCGACAAACCAUACAAAUGCAAUUCGUGCUACAAAUGCUUUGUGGACGAAAAUGCGCUGCUGGAGCACAUACCAAAGCAUAAAGAAUCGAAGCACCUCAAGACGCAUAUAUGUCAGUACUGUGGGAAGUCGUACACACAGGAAACAUAUCUAUCCAAACAUAUGCAAAAGCAUGCGGAACGUCCGGACAAGCGACCGCCCAUUGCCGGAUUAGCACUGGCAGCAAUGAAUCGCAAUUUAGCCAUGAGUAAUGCACCACUACCGGUUGGUGGUGAUCAUCCGUACUGGCCAAAAGUGAGUCCGGAUUCAGCAGCUAAUUUAGCAGAAGCAAUGCAACAGCAACAACAGCAGCAACAAAACCAAUAUGACUUUGCGCUCGGACAACAUGGAUCCGGCGAUCAUCAUUUGCAAUCGCAUCACCGAAGUAUAUUGGAACAUCACCGAAACUUAAACGGUACCUCGGAUGAUGGUGGCGGCGGUAAUACGAAUGGAGGCACAAAUCCAGUAAGCGGCGAAGACUUAGUCAUAUCACGACAGAAUGCAACAAAUCUACCACAACACUUGGUCGGCCAGAAUCCUACAACGGCACCGAGUGUUAGCAGUGCGGGUAAUUACGAAAGUGCCAGUAUCACAAAGACAUCCGCUCAGUCAGCAUUCACACCGAUCAAUUCGAUGCCACAUCUAAACACUUUGGCACACCAUCCAAUGUCGCAACGGCCAUACCUGUACGAUGCCAUCAAUUUCCAAAGUAAAAAUGUCAAUCAAAAUCCAACGAAUUCAUUUCCGAAUCAACUAAUAUCGUUGCAUCAGAUACGAAACUAUGCGCAUCAACCGGGUGGCGGAUUGAUGUCCAGUGAACAUUUGCUAGGAAUUGGAGUCGGUGCCGGCAAGGACAAAGUACAAUAGAUGAAUUUUUCUUUUAGCAAUUUAUUGAUUAAGAUCUCAGACAUUAAACAUUUAAUGAACAAAAGAAAAGCAAAAAUUUGGUUUUUGAAUUUUCAUUUAAAAUCCCGUGUUUAAAGAUAAAAAACAAUUUGACCAAAAUGUGUAAAAAACAAAAUUUUUGACUAAAUAAAAAUUGAAGAUGAAAUGACCCGAGUGAAACAAGAAGUACUUUAAACUGUAAAAACUUAAACUUAAAAGUGACAAUUUUUAUAAGACCCCCAUCCCUUCUCGUAUGUUUAGAAAUUAUUUUUUAAAUUAAAUAAAAGAAAAAAUUUUUGAAUUGUUAGUUAGAUUGAGAUAUAGAGACGUAUACAUCAAUUUCGCCGUACUGUGUAAAAUUUGAUUUUUAUUUUAUUUCGUAGAAUCAAAAAUAAAUGAACAAAAAAUUCAUUGUGUUACUUAAACAUAGGUACUUCGGUAGACCAAUUGUCUUUCGGAAGAAACAUCCUCAAAGAAUAAAUCAAUUGCUUUAAGUUUAAUUUAAAAAAAAAAGAAAGAAAAAGAUUUGUGAACGCUAAUAUUAUGUGAAAUAAACAUUUCUUUUCCUCGAAA